CUUUCCCGUUAUGGCUUUCCUGUUGACGGUCGUUCGUUUAAUUUGGUAAAUUAUUCCUUUCUCGUUGACAAUGCAGAAUUCUAAUCACUGUGAAACGUUAACAGUAUCGCAGUACGUCCAUUCAGAUAACAUAACAAAUGGUAGUAGACUACUAGUGGAUCAAAGCGUAUUCAAAACUUCGGGAAUUGCAUCGACCGCUCCGAGUGGGGCUGACUCUAAACACUUGAGUUUGGCUCCAGGCAGCAGGAUGCAGACAACCAUGGUUUCAACACAUUCCAAUAACGAACUUGGUGACGAUAAUUCGGAUUCAGAUUCAGAAAGUGAUUGCAUUGGAAACGAUUUACAUUUACAAUCACAGUCACAUCAACAAAACCAAAGCCAACAUCAGGUUAGACGACCGCCCGAUGGACUAAAACCUGGCAAAAAGACAAAAGGUCGUGUCAAAAUCAAAAUGGAAUUUAUUCAAAAUAAACUUCGCAGGUAUACAACGUUCAGUAAAAGAAAAACUGGGAUCAUGAAAAAAGCUUAUGAAUUAUCUACAUUAACUGGUACUCAGGUAAUGCUGCUUGUGGCGAGUGAAACGGGACAUGUAUAUACAUUCGCUACUCGCAAGCUUCAACCCAUGAUAACGAGUGACAGCGGAAAAGCCCUUAUCCAAACCUGUUUAAAUUCCCCGGACACUUCUGCUGAUGGUCCUUCCCAUCAACAACGUAUGAACCCUACCGGAUUCGAAGAAACUGAACUAACGUAUUCAGUGGAGGAUGAAAAUAAAGCUGAUUUGAAACCCCUUUUGGCCCAGAUGCCAGGGGACCAGGUGCUAAACAGAUCUCAACUUAUAGGUAACGCCAUUACAUCGUCGCCUCCACCGCCACAAUCAACGUCCCUGUACGUUACUUCGACUGGUGUCGGUCAGAAUCAGUUACCCCUGGCCUCGCUGGUGCCUUCCACUCUAUCAACGAUACCAUCAAGCUCUGCUACCACGACUAAGCCGGUUUCUGUCACUGCUGCUCAUGCUACCACCGCCUCGACGCAUUCUACCACCAGCAAUGGCAACACAAACACUAAUAUCUCCAUGCAGGUAUCGCCUAGUCUAACGGCUAUUUUGCAGCCAGGGACGCAAUUUACAAUCCCCUUUCAACAGGGGACCCAACAAAUCGCCCAGACGGCAGCCGCGCCUGUGUACCGAUUACCUAACACACAAGUAGUGUCUAUAGCCAAUAUAUCUGGCAACACCAGUAAUAAUACAAACAUGAGUAGCCCAACGACGGUCACUUCAGUAAGCGGGGAAACCUUACAACUAACAGCUUCAGCAUCCACGACAUCACCCACGUCGGUUUCGACAAGUACAAACAACACCCAAAACCAGACUGUAAACCUUAUGUCUGUACCUGCCACGGCUCAGCAUGGUACGACAUCGGCCACGACUAUGACCCCUGGAUUUGUCAUGUAUCAGACCCCUCAAGGAGUAGUGUAUGCCGCCCCUACACUGCCAGACGGUUCUCUUCUAAACUUUCAGCCAUCAGCUGCCCUCCAAUCCACUGAUCAAAACAAUGGAACCCAACAAAUAAUUACCCUUCCCAUGCCCCUAAGCUCCCCAGUCCUGCAGUUUGCUACGACAGACACUACGAAUGCAAUCGCAGAACUAUCCCAACCAAAGAAAGCAAGAAAAUGAAAUUUAAACAUCACAUCACACACACACACAUACAUAUGAUAUAUUUAAAUAUAUACACUCGCAAUUACAUGCUGUAUAUACAGAUAAAUAUAAAUAUAUAAAUUUAUAUAUAAGAUUUCACUCUGAGUUGAGUGUUGAAGUGUUUGGUGAAUUGAAGAUAUCGAUCCAACACUGUUGAACCUGAUGAACUGAUUGAGAGG